UAUCUGUAAUAUAUGCCGUGACACUUUUAAUAAGUGUUUUACUUUUGAACUAACAACAUGUUCCGCUUUGUUUUUGCUGCGAUAUUUUUUACCUUAGCUUUAGGUGGUCGACCUCCACCAUUGAAAGAAUGUCGAUCCACAGUCGGACAUGUUGUAAAUGCUACAGUGACAGGAUGUCAAUUUAGGAAUGAAAAGUAUAUUUUGACGGAUCGUGCUAACGCUGGUAUAAAAAUAUAUUUUGUGGCAAAUAAACAAGUGCUGAACUUCAAAGCAGUUGCCAAAGUAAAUAUAGGUGGAGUGCUAGUACCAUAUCCAAUACCAAAUUCUGAUGGAUGUUCAAAUUUGAAAUGUCCUCUUCAGAAAGGUGGGCCCUAUUUUUACCAAUACACACUGGCAUUACCAAAAGACUUGCGACUACCCAAGAUACAAAUUAAUGUGCACAUGGAACUCCAGGAUCAGAACAAUGAUGCCAUAGCUUGCGUUAUAAUUCCAGUUCAAAUUCACUGAUUGUGAUAGUUGUGAUGGUGACAGUUCAUUUAAUGUUUUUGAUUUUAAAAACUUGUUAAUAUUAUAAAGCAUUUAAAAUGUA